CGUGGCACAUAUCAAUUGGUUUUCCUUACGUCCUCCUCCCUUAGUCUCCCAAUCACCACCACCACCACCACCAACACCAACACCAACACCAACACCACUGUCAAAUUAUUGAAAUAUAGAAAAGAAAGAGAAUCGAAAUUUUAAUCUUAGAAAACAAUGGUAGAGGAAAGCAGUAGUAGGAUUCCUACAGAUGAUUCGACGGCAAGUUCGGAUACAUCAUCAUCACAAUCCAGGCAAAGCAUAUGUUGCAGGAGAAAGAGAAAGUGGGAUCAGCCUGCGGAGUCACUGGUUUCAGCUGGAGUUCCAGUAUCUGAUGCUGUACAAUUAGGCAAUGUGGGUUCUCUUGUUGGGAUCUCGUUACCAGGGGCUGCUUCUGUUUCUGGUGCGCUUUUAACAAAUCCACAAAUUGCUAUUGUUCCGCCUAUGUUUCUGGCGCCUUCGAUGCCACAAAAUACUGCUGCUGUGGUCCCAAAACUAAAUCAACCUAAGGUUCAGGAUGAGUUAAUAAUAGCACGAGAGAUAGUUAUAAAUGAUGCAGAGUCCUCUGUUCGCUACAAGCUUACAAAGCGGCAGACACAGGAAGAAAUUCAGAAAUUCACUGGUGCUGUGGUGAUAACUAGGGGCAAGUAUCGUCCACCAAAUGCACCACCAGAUGGUGAAAAGCCAUUAUAUCUUCACAUAUCUGCGGCUGCUCAUUUAAAAGAUACUGCAGAACGGAUUUUGGCAGUUGAUCGGGCAGCAGCCAUGGUUGAUGAAAUGCUGAAACAGGGUCAGAGCUCACAGCCUGCUUCUUCCAUUACACAAAUGCCUGCAGUUAAUGGAGUAAAGGCGCUAAGUGCGUGUGUGUUUUUGGGCUUUGACACAGACCCAACAUUGAAUAUUGCUGCGCGAAUUCGUGGACCAAAUGACCAGUACAUAAGUCAUAUUAUGAAUGAAACAGGGGUUACAGUCAUACUAAGAGGGCGUGGUUCUGGAAACUGUGAAAGCCAAAGUACUGGAGAGUCGCAGCAACCACUUCAUUUAUUUUUAUCUGCUAGUAAUCCAAAAUGUCUUGAAGAUGCAAAACGUUUAUCUGAAAACCUUCUGGAUACAAUCAGUUUAGAGUGUGGUGCUUCCAGGGCUUCGUCAUGUAAAGUUUAUAAUGCUGUGCCACCACCGCAGACAUUAACUGGAGCUCAUACUGCUGGGAUUGAGCACAAACUAAAUACAAGUGCAGUCACUGGAUUGAUGCUACCAACAAUGAGCCCUACUCCACUUAUUCCAGCUUCUUUGGUUUCAGUUUCCGGGGUUGCUGCUGUCUGUUCCCAAGGGACUAUAUCACAGUCUGGAGCAAUGUUGAGCUGUGGGCAACCCCAGCCAAGUGUGGCCAGCUAUUCCCAGCCUUUUGUAAUGGGAGGAACGAGCUAUAGUGGAUAUGGUGGUAUAUAUCCUCAAGCCACACCUUUGCAACAAGUUGCCCAAGUCCUUAGGCAGCCACCUUCUCCUGUCCCUUCCACAGUUUCUCCUGCAACGUCUAUAGCAAAUGCAGCACCAAAUUCAGGAAUGAACUCUAUUGCAGAAAAGGAGAAACGACCUAUGCAGAAGCGGAAGUUUCAGGAAAUACCAGUUGGUUCAAAGGGUCCUGCAAAACUUCAUCAGGUAUUUUCUCUGACCUUCUAAGAAGCUAACAGGCUGAUACCAGACCUCUCUGUUAGGGCCAUUGGUUUGUAUGUUUCACAGGGGUUUCCAGUUUUGGAGGCACUCAGAAAUGGACCAAUUCAGAGCAAUUAUCAGAGUGAUAAAUUUUGUGAUUGGUUACAUGCUAUACUUAGUCUUCUAUAGUAUGUCUCUUUUAGAACACUUGUUAUAUCUGAUGCCUGGUAUCGUACAGGGUGCGCCUCAUGCAUGCCUGCUGAUUUUUCUUGGAGAAGACUUUCUAAAAUCCAGCUUUAUAAAAUUGUCACCAGGAUUCUGUGGUGGCAGAAAACUGUUCUUUCGAAGAUAAUUUACCAAUUCAAGUUCCAAGGCUUGCCUUAUCAUCAAAUAGAAAUUGCAUUAAAUGCAGAAAUGAAUAAGUAAAAAAAUGAGAAAGUAGGGGAAAAGUGCAGCCAAUUCCCUAUUCUUGUGUCAUUCUCAAAAUUGACCAGGUGUCAAAUCUCUGUACCAGGAGAAACAUUGGCUUUGGUGUUGGCUGGAAUUACUUAAACAAGUACUAUCAACCUCACUGAACACCCAUAUGUGUGUUUCAUGCAAUAGGAAAUCAUAGCCUCUGUAACACCAUGCCUUCAGAUAUUUGCCCCAUUCUCAUUCUACACUUACCUCUAUGGUGCAUAAGGUUGACUUUUGCAUUGUAUAUAAUUGUGUUUUGAGAUUCUACAUGUUUUAUCUCCAUGUAAUUGAUAUUGAGAAAUUUGGCUUGCUUAUUUCUUUUCUAACUCAUUACAGGGAUCAGAAGUGUCCAGGUCUGGUAAAUCGCUGCAGGCAGAUUUGGGUGUUAGAAAUAUCUCAACUAUGCCAGCUCCAAAAAAGUUGGUCCACCCAUCAUCAUCCAAUGGAAUGCCACCACCUCCUCCACGAGCCAUGCCUCCUCCCCCACCUCCACCAAAGUUCACUUCAUCAACUCCAGCUGCAAGACUGCAAGACAA